AUGGUGCGGCAUGUGAUAAAGUUCAUUCGAGCCACGCUCGCAACUGUUGCUCUCCUACAACUUGUACAUGACACCACCGGUCAAGACUUCGGUGGCACAGCUAUUUAUGAAGCUCGAAGCGAUCCCCUCUUGUCCCAAGUUGCCGGGGAUGUGGAUGGCGAAUUGGCAGAGAAACAUCGACGCCUCACCGUUGUACAAACGCCACCAAGCGACCCUUUCCUUCUCGACAAUCGGUUCUUGGGCGACGUCACGGUGGAAAGCCACCCAACAUUUGGGUCGGCAUCCGUAUCGAUUGCGUCGAGCUCCUUGUUCCACGCAGGUGCGAUCGUCGCCAGUGGCGGCGUCGCCAUCUCGUCCACCACGAUCCCCACGUCCUCCGACGCCAGCGAGCUCGUGCAUGUUGGCGACGUGAUCCUCAUCAACCAAGUGGAAUUGCGCACGGUGGUCGCCGUGACUUCCUCUGCGAUCACUGUAGACCGCGGCAUCCAACAUCCCCUUGCCGGGGCUGAAACCAUCCUGGUCAAGCAAGCGAUCUUUUCCACGUACGAGGACACGACACCCCUGGUGCAAGUGAAUGCGUUGGGCACGACGCUUCAGUCGACGGAUGCAACCACGGACACCAUUGGCACGCACACGAGUGUGCGCAUCCAGCACUUCUCCAGCGCCAACGCUGCCGCCACCGUCCGAGUCCCGGGCACGGUGAGCGUGACCCGAGGCAGCGACGUCGUGUUCACGUCGACGGAUCUCACGGGAGUGCUCACUGUGAACCAGUACAUUCGUAUUGCUGGGGCCACUUACGUCGUGCACCCGACCAAGUCAUUUGACGUCACGUCGUUCCACAUUGAUCGCGUCUAUGCUGGGCCGAGCUACAACGGAGUUCCACUGUACAUUGAAGGGCUUGGGGCGUCGAUUGACCUGAGGGCCAGCGGGGCCGACCUGGCAGAGCACGCCACCGGAGCCGUGGAAGCCGUUUUUGUCGGUCCGACCAGUGCGAAGACGGUGGCCCUUCGCCUUGCCACCGCCGACAGCACACAAUCGACAACCCCCACGGCCCGCUUACAGGUAGCAGCCACGGGCGUCACCCUUCUUGGAGGUGCCAACACCAUCGCCACGGAAUUUGACGGGCUCACGGUGCGCGCGGCCUCGUUUGUGAACGUUGCCGCCGGGACGGAUGAGCUGAGCAAGCAAGGAGGCGCCAUUGUGCUCCAAACUGGCGACUCGACAUCGUCCACCCAACAACUUUCAGGCGGCGCCCUGCAGCUCCGCACAGGUAUCAGCGCGCAUUCUGAUUCGUCGUCUGGAGCCGUGUCCGUCGCGUCUGGACAAAACAGCGCGCAUUCUGGAUCCGUCGAGUUGAGGUCUGGCACGGCUGGUUUAAAUAGCGGGAGCGUCGUCAUUGGGACGGGCGGCAGCACCGCCGCUGCGAAUGUGGGGGGGGUCACUGUGAAGACAGGCGUGGCGACGACUGGCAACGGCGGGGACGUCGCGAUCUCAACGGCGGAUCUAACCACUGGUGCGAAAGCCGGCGAUGUGUCCGUGUCUGGUGGAAAAAGCACGUUGGCCCAAGCUGGUGGCGUUACAAUCGCCGGUGGUGACGGCAACGUUGGCGGCAAUGUUCAGUUGAGUGCUGGCGCCACUUCGCUGGGCACGUCCAUCGGUGGAAAGGUCGCAGUAGCCGGUGGAAAUAGCGCUGGCACUGGAGGUGACGUGGCCGUGUCAGCUGGAAACGCCCUCGCCACUGGUGUGGGUGGUAAGGUCACCUUUUCAAGUGGCACGAGUGCCACUGGCGCAAGUGGAGAUGUUACUGCAUCCAGUGCCGACGCCCCCACCACGGGCAACGUUGUGGUGACCUCCGGAGCGGCGGCAGCAGGCGCAUCGGGCUCGGUGUCGAUUUUGGCGGGUGCUGCCACUGGUGGGGUGUCAGGUGGCAUCACCGUCUCCAUCAAGACGAGCAACACUGGAACUGGAGGAGAAAUCAAACUUCGUGGUGGAAACUCGGUGGUCGGGGGGCCGAUUUCCCUGUUCUCUGGUACUUCUACUGCCGGUGCAUCAGGUAGCGUCACUGUGGCCAGCAGUGCGUCCACAGGUGGAAAUUCUGGGAGUGUCACCAUCUCGACAGGGGCUUCCACUGGAGGCACGGGUGGUGCCAUUACUGGCACCGUCGGAGGUGGCGUUCUUGGUGGUGGUGGCGCUGUGACGUUUACUGCUGGAGCUAGUGCCGUUGGAGCGGGAGGCAAGGGCUCCGUCGUUGGUGGCGCGGGCACGGUCGGUGGCAAUGUCGAGUUGACAGGCGGUGCAGGAACAUCAACAAACGGAGGCAACGUUGUGUUGACAACUGGAGCUGCCGCUGCGGCCUCUACCAGCGGCAGUGUUACUGUGAGCUCUGCACCUGCAACCACAAGUGGCUCGAUUCAGUUGAAGUCUGGAACCGGAUCUGGCGGCCCUGGUGGUGCUAUUGUGCUAUCCGUGGGCACCGGAAGUAUGGGAACUGGCGGCGCCAUCACUGCAACGAGCGGUGCGGGUGUCGCGGGAGGCCCAGUAGCUAUUUCAAGUGGAGCAUCCACUGCUGGAGCAUCUGGCACCGCGACAAUUGCCACUGCAGCAUCUACUGGCGGUGAUUCCGGUGCUAUCUCGAUUUCCUCUGGUGCGGCGACUGGCGGCACUGGUGGUGGAGUUGCAUUGACGGUUGGCAACGGUGCAGCUGGCGUUGGAGGUAUAAUUGCUUUGACUUCGGGAGCUAGCACUGCCAGCACUGGCGGCAAAACUUCAGUGGCUGGCGGCCUCGGUACCGUUGGCGGCAACGUUGAGCUGACUGGAGGCGCUGGUUCGUCUACAACCGGCGGUGCCAUUGCGCUGUUGAGUGGUGCGGGAGCAGCCUCGUCUACGUCUGGCGCCGUGACGAUUACCACUCCAUCUGGAAGUACAAGCGGGGCCGUUCAGUUGAAGACUGGCUCUGGAACCGGAGGGACUGGAGGUUCCAUUCAGCUGUCGGUCGGUGGUGGGUCCACUGCCUCACUAGCGGCGCAUCCACUGCAGGCGUAUCUGGCACUGUGUCGAUUGGAUCUGGUAGCUCAGUUGGAGGCGACACUGGUGCCAUCGCUAUCUCCACAGGUGCUGCCACUGGUGGCACAGGUGGUGCCAUUACUGGUACCGUCGGAAGCGGGGUUCUUGGUGCUGGUGGCGCCGUAG